GCAACAGCUGUUGUGAUGAAACGAUAACAAUAACAACAGGGGAGAAAGUUAUCUUUGAAUUCAAAGCCGCAGAAACAGAAAAAAACCUAACCAGUUAUUACCCUGCAGUCCGCCGACAGCGCAAAAGGCACAAUUCGCAAAGGCAACCCAAUGGAAGUGACCUUCAAGAAGGCCCGCCUGGUGGGGGACAGAAGUGCCACCCCCUCAGAGGACAUACAGGAUGAGGGCGACGAAGGCUCCUCCGGGCCCGACGCGUUCGGGUGGUGGGCCCUGCCGGAACCGGCGCUCCUCAUGAUCUUCGAGCAGCUGACCGUGGUGGAUCUGCUCAAGGCCAGUCGCUGCUGUCGGCGGUGGCACAGCAUUGCCAAGGACGACCUGCUGUGGCGCCACAAGUUCCAGGAGCACUUCAGGGCCUCCCCGAGCAUUCCGCUCAAGCCGGGGGCCGAGAGUUGGCGGUCGGAGUACCGGCGCCUCUCCAUGCACAUACCCUUCGUCCAGGCGCAGCGACUGGAGCCCACGGUGGAGCACAACCACGGCCACACGCACCAGGUGCUGCACGUGAGUUUCGCCCACAACGGCGAGAUGUUCUCCACCUGCUCCAAGGACGGCUAUGUGAUAAUCUGGAACGCAAAGCACCCGUGCUCGGAGAAGUAUGCGCACAACAUGAAGCAGUUCAGCUGGAAGUACUCCCAGUACUCGCAAUUCAAUCAGAGCGACACCCUGCUCCUCGUCUCCGGCGUUCACUUUGGCUCGCCACAGUCCACUUCCGGGGAGAUUGCCGUCUUCUACCUGGGGGCCACGGAGUCGCACCUGCGCUGCCGGGUGGUCAACCGUCCGUACGACAUCUUCGGCACUUGGUUCAGCGACCAAUAUCUGAUCUCGGGCGACCUGCACUGGCUGGCGCACCUGGUGAGCACCUCGGUCCUGUGGCUGAACAAGGCCAACCAGGAGAUCGACUCCGAGCAUGUGCCGAUCAUGAGCCAGCUGUACAAGUUCUACAACCGCAACGCCAGUUCGGUGCGGGCCAUAAUGGUGGCCAGGUGUCCGUGGCUCGACGAGACCAACGAUCCGCUGGCCAGGCCAACCGAGGAGGAACCGGAGGGCGAGAGUGCUGCGCUCGCCGCGCAAAAUAGCGACCAGGGGACUAGUUCGCAGGCCAGUGGCAAUCCGCUGUCCCAUGCGGCCAGCCUGCGACGCACAAGGAGUGCCACUCCCGAAGAGAACUACUUGCCGGACAUCAGCGAGCGGCGGUCGAGAACGCGACCCGGAGAUGCCACCAUUCACUACUUGGAGGAAUACCGGAAAGCGGUGGCCUCCGCCAACGAACCGAGCGAGGACGACGAGGAGGAACUGAACUCCAUGGAUGUGCAGGAGGAGUACGACGAAAUGGAGAACAGCAUGCCCAAAUAUCUCAUUUUUUCGACGGGUUCCAAAACGUUCACGCCCCACCAAAUCGGGUUCAAGCGCAUACGCAACGUUUACUUUCCCAAAAAGCUGGAUCCUGGCCCAAGUCUGAAGGAGAGAAUUGCUGCGAAGCGGGCCGCGGAGCAACAGCAACAGCAAACGCCGCGCACCGAUCCGGAUUGGUGGAACUACGAGUCGGUCAAGGAUAGAUUUGACCAUGUGGACAAGGUGAUAGAUCUGCACGGGCACAUCAUUGGCAUGGCUCUGAGCCCGGAUCACCGCUACUUGUACGUGAAUACGCGCCCCUGGCCGAAAAACUACGUGAUCACGAAUCCCUUGGAGCCGCCACCCAUCGCCCAAGAGAUCGACAUCCAUGUGAUCGACCUCAUGACCCUCAAGCGGGUGGGCAACAUGCUGCGCGCCCACAAGGCCUACACGCCCAGCACCGAGUGCUUCUUCAUCUUCCUGGACGUCUGCGAGGAGUAUGUGGCCAGCGGGGCGGAGGAUCAGCACGCCUACCUCUGGGACCGGUACUAUGGCAUCAGCCUGGCCAAAUUCAAGCACUCGGACGUGGUCAACAGUGUGGCCUUCAAUCCCCACGACUCGGAGAUGCUGGUGACCACCAGCGACGAUUACACAAUCAAGGUCUGGCGUUCACGGGCAAAGGCAAAGGAGUUCAAUAUCCCCAACAACGUGAGCGAGUCAUUCGAGCUCAAGCCCAAGAACUGAAGCUAGCCUCCGACUUCAAAUCCCCAAGUGGUUCUUACUGCCCAAAAGUAUCUCUCUCUCUUUGUUAGUCUAGGUACUUGCUGCUAGUUGCUUCUGUUGUUAACGGUUAUAAUUAUACAUAUUGAAAUUGGA